AUGGGCCUGCGUACAGGUAAAACCUCAGGUGUCGCGGACGUGGUCAUCUUGGCGGCGCUGCUGGGGCUCGCAGGCGGAGUUGUGGUCCCCACCAAGUAUGGAGAAGUGAACGGGGUGGAGUUACCAACCUCGUUCAUAGGGGGCGCUGUGUUUGACCGGAUCUACACCUUCAAGGGGAUUCCCUACGCCGCUCCGCCUGUGGGGGACCUCAGAUGGCGCCCUCCCCAGGACCCGGCAGGCUGGACCGGAGUCCGGGACGCCGCCCAGUUCGGAGCCCGGUGCCCGCAGAUCGUGGACGCGAAGGCACCACCAGACUCACCUCUGUACGAGGUCCUCACGUAUCGCAGCAACAGCAGCAGCGAGGACUGCCUGUUCCUGAACGUCUACACGCCUAACGUGGCUUCCACUGCGGAUCUGCCGGUCAUGGUAUGGAUACACGGAGCUGCUAUGGUGAUAGGCGCCGCCGAUACGUAUCCGGCCGAGAUCCCCACGUCACUCCAUAACGUCGUCAUGGUAACCAUCAACUACCGGCUGGGUAACCUGGGCUUCCUGCCGACCCGGGGCGCGGAAACUGACAGCAACGUUGGGCUUAUUGACAUGGUGAAAGCUCUCCAGUGGGUACAAGGCAACAUCCGGAACUUCGGAGGAGAUCCCGACAGAGUCACCAUCUUCGGGCAGUCCGGCGGAGCCUGGGCCGUCUCCCUGCUCGUCAUGUCUCCCAUGGCAACGGGACUGUUCCACCGGGCCAUCUCUCAGAGCGGCGUGGCCGGCCUCACGACCACCAGGAGAGGCGACGUCACCAGGACAGAAAAUCUCGCUGCCAGGGUCAACUGCACCACGAACUCCUACGAUGACAUGAUGAGCUGUCUGAGGAGGUAA